AUGCAGCGCGUGAUGCGCCUGCGUCUCCUUGUGGCUGCGGUCGUUCACUAUACCCCGCGUUCCUCGAUCGCCUACGAAAGCGGUCUUGUGGCUCUUGCCUCGCUAGAAAAGGUCCUCCUUCCCCUUCUUUCUAAGCGAUGUGCUAGCUUCUUGGCUUAUCUGUUACACUUUUUGAUCUGUCACCUAUACGUUCAGUUCCCUACCAACGGUAGUGAUGAGCUACUUAGUGCGGUUUGCUAA